ACGAAGAAAUAAACACACUUGCCGUGAAGUGAAAGUACUUUUUUUUGCAAAAGUAAAAGGAAUCUUCUUUGACAGUCACAGGGGUCUGUACCAGGAAAGUUCUUUCAAUGUGAUAAACUCCUUUUUGAAUGGGUCUGCAUGAAAAAGAAAAGUAAUGGAAAGAAACCAGGUCUUCUGUACAGCUUAUUCUUCAGAAAAUGUUUAGGAUGGGGUCUCUCAAAUCCUACAGCUGUGAGCAAUGUGGGAAUGAUUAUGUCAGCCGCACCACCUUGAGGUAUCAUUUCCGAGUAAAACAUCUUGGAAAAGUUCACUGUGAAAAACGUGGUCCGGAAGUUGUGAGAGAAACACUUCAGGACCAUGAAGCGGCCAACCAUGAAAGGAUGACUGCUGAAAGACAAGGGUGUUUCUGGGACAUGCCUCCAAAGAGGGAAGCAAAAUUUGUGUCUAUGGAAAUGUCUACCUCCUGCAGGAUGUGCCCAAGGAAGUUUGGAACAAUCCAUAGCAGGGAACACCAUGAGAAACAAGAUCAUCACUUCACAGCCAGCAAAAGAGCUCAAAUGGCCACUGGAUUUUCACCCGAUAAUAUCUUGGAUUAUAAAAAUCCAACAGAACUAAAGACAUUUGUAGAAGAAAAGCUUCGACCCAUUCCAGGCCCAGCAAGCAUUGCCUGUGCAACAGAAAUUGAGGCAAUUAUUAAUUUGAUCAAGGAAUGCUUCCCAUUACCAAUAGCUCGGCUAAUCAAGGGAGGCUCGUAUAUAAAAGGAACUGAUACACAAGGCUGGUCUGAUGUUGAUAUAGUGUUAUUUAGUGAAGCCUUUGAAAAUCUAGAAGACUGCAAAAAGAAACUGCCAGAAGUUAUAGAUGAUCUUGGAAAAAGACUGAAGAAAUCUUCAUGGGCCAGCAGGAUAAUGAUGGAGAAAAGGACCCAGUCAUUCUUACGAUUUCAUUUCAAAUGCUAUAAGAAUCACCAUGGCCACUCGUUUGAUAUCAUGCCUUGCUAUGACAUGCUGGGGCCUGCACCAUCAACAGGUUUAAAACAGAGCUUUUACCACAAGAUCUAUCUCUGUAAUGACACUGAUGAAAUCCAGCUGUACUCAAUGUCCUUGCUGCAGUACCAGGUUGAGUUUAUCAAGGCAUCUACCAUGAAGGUGAAGGACCUGAUUCGUUUGGUUAAGCACUGGUUCAGGACUUCAUUUGCUAAACCAACAGCACAAAAUAAGUUUCGCAGGCUUCCUUCUUCCUAUGCUAUAGAGCUCAUCACAAUCUCCAUCUGGCAGCUAGCAGGGAAGCCAGUCUUUUUCAGCCUGAUUCAGGGAAUGAGAGCUAUCCUGAAGCUUCUGGUUAGAUACCCAGAAAUAUACAUUGUUUGGCACAAACACUACAGCCCAAACUCUACGAUUUUCAAAAAGGCAUUCCAGAAGCAAACCAGGCCGUUCGUUUUGGAUCCUGCAAAACCAACAUUUAAUGUGUGUGAGAACAGCAACGCUUGGGAUGAAGUGGCUCAUGUGGCGAGACUGAGUCUCCUUAAGCCUCUUUUUAAUGGUGUGCAAGCGAAGGAGCCCUGGCUUUUUACAAAUGGCUGGUAAAAAAUGAGAGAAAACAUUAGCCUGGUUGCAGUCCUGUCAAAUAGGUUUGUCAAUGCAUAUGACACAAGUCUGCCAAUAGGAAUAUUCCAAUAUAAAGAAAUGUACAUAAAGAAUGGUAGGGUGUUUUUUUGUUCUCUCUCUAAUCUAUUUAACAAACAAUUAUUUGUCAUUACUUCUGAAUGAACAGGACAGAAUCCAUUCUAGUCAGGGAAUUAAAUUGUCCGCUAAAUUUUUAUCCCUGUGUGAGGGAUGAAGCUGAAAGAUAUGCUUCCUUAUGUUUGUAAGGAGCUCAAGCAUUAGAGCAAAGAGGGCAAUUUGUCACAGCUCCUACAACAGCUCCUACAACGUCCUUCCUUCCCAGCUCACUAGGGCAGCGCUGGAUUUCCAUAAACGUUUGAGCUUUGUUUACUUUAAAAAGGCCCCUGGAAAGAACUCAUUGGUUACACAGUAAAAUGACUAUAGCUCCAUAACAUCUGGCAAAUCACUAGGUUGCAACAGAUAAAUGCUGGAAGGCUCUACACUAAGCUGUCUCUCAAUACAUCAUUUAUUUCCAGAAGUUAUGGCUGAUCACACAUCUUCUGAAUGUAAGAUGAAGGGAAGGUUGCAAAUAUAACAAAGAGUAGAGUUAAAUUAUGUAUCCAGACUCCACCCAUUGAAUUGUCUAUGGAGGUACUAACCAUUUUAGUCUGUAAAGACAGACUAUUUUGUGUACAGUUGCAACAGCAGUAAUUUGGGCUACAGAACAAAGAGCCCACCUGAAGGGGAGUUGGAAAGACUGCAUUAUUUUCUAGAAUUAUGGUCUGGCAGUGGUGGCUAUUACCAGGAGAAACAGCAUGGAAUAUGGGACCUGAGCUGACAAGGUGCUUGAGCAUCAUCAGCCCCUCCCAGAGUUCAGGCUAGUGGAAGAAAUCCAACUGAAACAGAACAGGAGGGCAAUAGAAAGUGGGAAAGUAGUCAGCAUUAAUUUUUCUCUUGAGUAGCAUGUUGUGUUAGGCUUCAGGCAAUUACCUGAUUAAAUUACUUCACGCUAGCACAGCAUAUCAUCUGGGAUCCAGGAUUUGGCACCUAGUGAUUUUUAAUUCAGCUUUCCUUUGAUUUAUCUGUGGGCAGAUAACAGCUCACAUAAUUGAAAGAAAGGUAAGAAAUGAAAUUCUGUUGAAGAAAAAUCAAAUUAUUAGUCCAUUUUAAGUGUCCAGUAGGACUGUUUAUUUUAUCAUCUAAAUAAACACAUAUUAAAACUAAGUUAUUCCAACACUUUGCCAUUUACAAGCUGUUGUUUAAAUACUUUGUGACACAGCAAUUCUACCCUGAUAGAUAGGGACUAUAUAGGUAGAUAACAAUUUUUUAUCAAAUGCAAAAUAGAGCAUGUACUGUUUACUGAUGCUGUAUAAAAUUCAUUGUACUCCAUGAAUCAUGUUUUGAAAACACAACCUGAAUGAAGGCUAUUUUUUCCAAAGUAGUCCAAGCAAACUAUUAGAUGUUAGUGCUUCAUUAAUUACAAUGGAAUUUGUUCUGAGAGAGCGCAACCACCACCCAGUCUCUCUCAUGCUGAGCCAGAUAAAUUAAAAAUUCAUAAUUUUCCAUUAUCUAAUAUUUGUUUUAAUGACAUAAUUGGCAAGAUUCUACUGCCUGAGAAUUUCAAUAGCCUUGGUACAUGUUUCUCAACUUAAUAUAGCAAAGUGUUGCUGUAAGAUGGAUUUCUACUUUCUCAACAAAUGCUUUCAUGUGAGGGUUCUUUCAGUCAGCAAAAAGUGAGCACUAAAAAGCAGCUUGGUGCUACCCAGCACAGACUUCAAUCCCAGCUGCUGCUACAUUUGAAGAAGCUGUUUUCUUUUCUAGUCUUCUGUGGAAACUCCUAGUACAAUGAGCAAAAUUAAAUUAAAAUUUCUUUUCUUGCCAGAAGAAACUGCCCCUUACUAAAUAACUUCUACCAGAAAUCUUGGAAACCUGACAAAUAUUUGCUGAUUUUUUUUCAUUUAUUGUGUAUAUCAUGGUAGUUCCUAGUGGCCAUUUGAGAACGGACCCCAACUGUGUUAGACCCUGUGCAAACAGACUAAGAUACAAUCACUGCACAAAAAAGCUUGAAGACAAUUAACAUCUCAUCUACAGAGAAAAGAAUCUUGGCAUGCAAUGUUUUACUUCACCAUGCUUCCAUCACCACUAGUAAGGUGAACGGCUUUCCAGCAGCAGUUCUGUCAUUCUUGUUGCACAAUUCCUGGUUUCCUCUUUCGCUUCACAGGUGGCUACCUUCCUGGACCCUAACUUUACUUUGGAUGGUAAAAGAAUGAGGCAGUUUUGUUUCAAAGUAUUCAUUUUUCUACAUUGAAAUACCUGACAAAGCAUUAAUGGCCAUUUCUUCAUAACACUGGGAGUACUAGAUUGGACCUGCACUAAUACUAAUUUAAGUCAGUUCAAUUUAUUGAAAAAAACUCCGUCAGCUGAUUUUGCUUGAGAAAGGACUACAGAAUCAGGCUCUUGGUGGUUAAAUAUGUAGUUGUAGAUUUUAAAAACAUUACUACAAAAUAAGCUAUGGUAUUUAAAAUAAUACUCUAACACCUGACAAUCAAUUAUUCACACUACGUUUUACAUAGUAUAAGUAAGUCACUCCACUCUAAUAUUUGUUGGUUUUUCUUUGCUUCCAUUUUUGUAAUAAAAAAAGUGUAAAAUUAAGACACCUAAGGUCUAUCUAUACUGCAAUCACAGGUAUACAUAUAUUAGCUAGUUCUGGUACCAGAGCAUUGAAGCUGUGGCAGCAUGGGCUUCAGCACAGGCUGUACAAGCCCAUCCAGAACCCUACUCAGGUAGCAUGAGCUGAAGCCUGUGUUGCCAUAGUGUCACUGCUCUGGUACCCAAACUACCAUUAGACAUAUACGGUCAAAAGUCUUGUGUACUGGUUUGCAGUUGUAAAUGCAGUGAGGCUUUUGCAGAAAAGCUGUUUAUAAAUUGUUUUUUAGUUUGCUACUGGAAGAAUCUUUCUACAGUAACAUUGAGAAAAUAAACUACAUGGACUUGAGCAAUACUAUUUGCUUGCAUUGUCAAUAGGAAACCAGAAUGGUGCAGAAGAGUUUGUUUGCAUAAUAAGCCCCUAUG